GCACGGCGAAUCGCUGGUUGGUUUGCUGGGCGACCCGGCAGUGCAGCCGGGCUCGAUCUGCGCCGCCGCGGACCUGGCCCUGGUGAAUUGGGAGCUGGAGGCCCGGCGGUGUUGGAGCCCGAUCUGCCCGCACCCAGCAAGAGCAGCAGCUGGGAGCCUCGCGGGCGCUGACUGAGAAAAAAAUGGCCCUGUUAGCUGAACAGAUGCCCAGAUGGUUCAACUCAAUUAAAUUGAGUAAUUUCAUUAAAGCUGCACAGAUCACAAAACGCUCUACAAGACCAGGAAAAACAUUGUCAAAUGGCUUCUCGUCUCAGGCUCCGUUGUUCUCUGACAAUUGCUUUCUCCUCUGGGGAAUUAAGACUUACAAGACAUCCUCCUUGUGGAAUAGUUUCCAGACUGCCAACUCCAAUAGGCCAGAGAACAGUUCUGAGCAAAACACUCUGCUCCCUUCAGUGAGUGAAAAGCCGGAGAGGAUACCCAGCCUUGAAUCCAAGCUGUUUCUUGAAGAAUUGGAUGACUUACCCUCGCUGUCUCCGAUACAACCAAUUUCAGAGGAGGAGGCUAUUCAGAUUGUUGCACACCCUCUAUUGCCCUUAUCCUCCUUCACUCUUGGAGACUACAUAGAUCAUUCCGAGACUCUGCAGCAGCUAGUACAGCUUGGAGUGGAUUUGUCAAAGAUAGAAAGACAUCUUGAUGUAGCCAACUUCCUUCUAAGACUGGAUUUUGAAAAAGACAUUAAGCAAAUACUCCUAUUUCUUAAAGAUUUGGGUUUAGAAGAUAGCCACCUGGGACCAUUCCUGACAAAAAAUUAUGCUAUUUUCUCUGAAAAUCUUGAAAAUCUUAAGACAAGAGUAGCUUAUCUACAAUCAAAACAUUUCAGUAAGACAGAUAUUGCGCGGAUGGUCAGAAAUGCACCAUUUCUGUUGAGCUUCUCCGUGGAAAGACUGGAUAACAGACUAGGGUUUUUUCAGAAAGAGCUUGAACUGAGUGUGAAAAAGACUAGAGAUCUGGUUGUUCGUCUUCCAAGGCUACUAACAGGAAGUCUGGAGCCUGUGAAGGAAAAUAUGAAGGUUUAUCGCCUUGAACUUGGUUUUAAACAUAAUGAAAUUCAACAUAUGGUCACCAGAGUCCCAAAGAUGCUAACUGCAAACAAAAGGAAACUUAUGGAAACUUUUGAUUAUGUACACAACGUGAUGAAUAUUCCCCACCACAUCAUUGUCAAGUUCCCUCAGGUAUUUAAUACAAGAAUGUUUAAAAUUAAAGAAAGACACUUGUUUCUUGUCUACUUGGGAAAAGCACAGUAUGAUCCAGCAAAACCUAACUAUAUCUCUUUGGACAAGAUCGUAUCUAUUCCUGAUGAAGUAUUCUGCAAAGAGAUUGCCAAAACUUCAGUAAAUGAUUUUGAGAAAUUCUUAAAAACACUUUAGUUUUUGAUGAAAACUCAAAUAUAUUCUUGUAAAGUAAAUGUAUACAUGAAUAAAUCAGUGUAUUUUUAAAAAUAAA